AACGGAAGAAAUGAUUCAGUUUCUUUUCAAUCUGCAACCCGUUUGAAACGCUACAUGCGUUUUGAAACCGAUAGAUUAAAAAUACAAUCACCAGUUCCGAGAUCCAUGUGUACAACUUAUUCAUCUUAUCAAGAUUGCGCUUCUUUUACCAUUCUCAAUAAUUAUUUUUAUCCAGGCUACUUUUUGUUUAAACUAACAAAAUAUAUUUUCAGUGGUGUGGAAAAUUUGUCUUUAAGAAAUGAUAACAAUACCUUUAUAAUUUUGCAACCACAAGAUAGUCUUGAUUUACACAGAAAUGAUGCAAGCUUUAGACUUGUGAAGAUGGGAAUUUGUAAUUAUACAUCAUGGGGUGAAUGGGGUGCUUGUUCUGAAACAUGUCAUAUGGAUGAUUGUGGAAAUCCUGUAAAAACUCGUGAAAGAUACUGUCAAGCAGGUUCAUUAAGCGGAGUUGUUUAUGAUUUUUAAAGUUGUAACUUCCAAGUACCUUGUCCAGGUAGAAAAAUUAUUUUCAGUUAAAUUUGACUAAAAA